AUGGCGGGCUCAGAUGACGCGCCCGACUCCCUCAUUAGCAAGGAGGAUGGGCUCAACUACUGGGAGGGCGUCAACGCUGACAUUGACGGCAUGCUUGGAGGCAUUCCAUCCGUCAAGGGCUUCUCUGGCAUCUUGAGGAGCGAUCUCCAGGGUUCACGGACGUUUCUGGCCAGGCUGGGCAUUGGAGCGAAGCAGGGACGGCAGAAGCUGGCCACUGUUUUGGAGGGCGGAGCAGGGAUCGGAAGGGUUACUGAAGGGUUGCUGAUCCCAUUGGCUGAUGAGGUUGAUGUUAUUGAACCCGUGGCCAAGUUCACCGCGGGCCUGCAAGGCAAAGAGGGCGUUCGACAUGUUUACAACCACGGCUUGCAAGACUGGGAGCCUGUUGAUGGGCUCACGUACGAUCUUAUCUGGACGCAGUGGUGCGUGGGCCAUUUGACGGACUCGCAGCUGGUGGAGUAUCUGAAGAGAUGCCAGGUUGCGCUGAAUCCGGGGGCCAUGAUUGUGUUGAAGGAGAAUUUGAGCACGUCGGGCCGCGAUGUGUUUGAUGAGCUGGAUAGCAGUGUGACGAGGGAGGAUAGCAAGUUUAGACAAAUUUUUGAGGAAGCAGGGCUGCAGCUCGUCAAGUCGGAGCUGCAGAGGGGAUUCCCUGAGACGCCGCAGAUGACGCUCCUCCCGGUGAAGAUGUACGCCUUGAAGCCAAAAGCUGUGUAA